AUGCAGACUCGUUUGCCAGCUACUUUCCAUCCACUCGUUGACUCAUUCCUCCGCACCCGCGUCAUUCUCCGCCAACCCCGCCUACCUCGAUAUUUCUCAUCCAGGCAAUCGAACAACCCAACAAUGGAGAAAAGUGAAGCCCCUACAGACGCCCACCGGCGUCCGAAGAAGCUGAUCUUCGCACCAGGCGACAUAGCCCCAGCCUCCAACGAACCGAUUCCAGAACCCCCAGCCGCACCCAUAACCCAAACAACCUUGGAAGCCAUUCGCACCACCACCUCAACCCCAACCUCAACGACCGAAAACGAAGUGCUCUCUCACGCAGCCCGCGCCCACCAAUUCGGCGCAAACCCGCCCCUGACAAUCUCCCAAAUCCACAACACAAAUCCCCUCCACCAAUUCAACACCUGGUUCCACGACCCCCGCCUCCCGGCCUCCUCAGCCCCAGAAACCUGCACCCUAGCAACAGCCUCCCUCCCCUCCGGCCGGGUCAGCGCGCGCGCAGUCUACCUCAAAGAACUUGACGAGCGCGGCUGGGUCGUCUACAGCAACUGGGGCAGCCGCGAAGGCAAAGGUGGACAGGUCUUCGGACUGGGCAAGGAAAACGAACUGUCCGCCAUGCCAGAACCCGGCGUCACCACCGAACUUGAACUCGGCACAGGCAACAAAUGGGCCGCACUGACGUUCAAUUGGGCGAUUAUCGAGCGCCAGGUUCGUGUUGAGGGAUUGCUGGAACCGCUUAGUCGCGAGGAGAGCGAGAUGUACUGGCGCACCCGUGAGCGCGGGAGUCGGAUUGGGGGAUGGGCGAGUUGGCAGAGUCGGGUUUUGUGGGAGGCGGAGCCGGAGCAGUUGGUGGAAAAUCAGCGAAGGAAGAGCGUUGCCGCGUUGCAGGGGGACAGUGGAGAGGUCAGCGUUCCGGUUGAUAUUGAUCGGACGGAUGAUGAAGAUGGAAGGGCGUUGCUGGAGGCGCGGGUGAAGGAGAUGGAGGACAAGUUUGCUGGCGUUGAGGAUGUGCCGUUGCCGCCAUUUUGGGGUGGUGUUAGACUUGUGCCGGAGUCUGUGGAGUUCUGGCAGGGACGUCGUAGUCGGUUGCAUGAUCGGUUCCGGUAUGUGCGAGUCGGGGAGGAUGGAGAAGGGGGUCCUAAGUGGAAGCUUCAGAGGCUCCCAAGAACCGAUAUAAUCACAGGCCAAUCCGCCGCAAUGUCCACCCCAUCGUCCCCGCCAAAGCCCCAAUCCUCCACAUCCCCCUGGAUCAUCCUCGCAAUCACGAGCGGAGCCUUCGCCGCAUUGAACGGAGUAUUCGCGAAACUAACAACAGACAACCACACAACAGCCUUCGCGCAAUCCCUCGCCCACCUCUUCGGACUGGAGUCAUCGCCUGUAAUUGAGAUGAUAGUUAGAGGUGCCUGUCUAGGUCUCAACGUCCUGUGCAAUGUAAUAAUGUGGGCGCUCUUCACGCGCGCUCUAACUGCCGGCCCGUCAACGACGAAAGUGUCUAUCACGAAUACGGCGUCGAAUUUCCUCGCUACGGCGCUGUUGGGCAUGAUUGUUUUUUCGGAGGCUGUGGGUGGGCUUUGGUGGGUUGGGGCUGGGAUGAUGGGAGCUGGGUGUAUUUUGGUCGGGAUGAGGGAGGGUGCUUGA